AUGUCACUGAGAAAGAAUUUGCAACAACGAAGAUAUGAGCAAGCAAUUGGCCUGCGAGAAAUGUUCGCGAAGUUGGAACAAGAUCUAUGCGACAAGUUACGACGGUCCAUGGAAUCUAUUCUAGUCGCCUUCAUCCAGGCUCACCAACAACCACAUAUUUUACCUCAACAGGAUGUUGUGUUCCUCGACAAAGAUGUUGAAGAAGGUGGCUAUCCUGUCAAAGAGAUCCAUGGAGCUCCAAUCUUCGAUGUCUAUGAUGAUACAGAUCCAAUCUUUGAUGUCUAUGAUGAUGUAGAUCCGAUCUUCGAUGACUGCGUUGAUGCAGAUCCAACCUUUCAUGUCUUUAGUAAAGAAAAUGACGUCGAAUUUAUUGGAAUUCAAAAGGUGAAAGAUGUAAAGUUUGGACCAAUGGAACAUGUUCAGAUCAACGAAGAGCCUCCAUAUCAGGGUCGUAGCACAGAUUUGUUUCAUCGUAGUGACAAUUUGUUUUGUUACGGUGAGGAAUAUCUGAACAACAAGAAGAAAGACCAACAGCUCAAUAACGUGAACGUGACGACGAGCUCCGAACGUGAAGACUCAAGCUUGAAGAACACCGAAACCCUAAAGCCUCUUUACCGCAGCUUUAACUCUGUUUCUCUUCUUCUCUUAAUCACUUGUCUUGCACCUUACGUAUCAAUGUAA